CAGUGAUUAGAUAAUCAGACAAUUAAGUUGGCAGAACAACAUGUUAUGGGGAACAACCAGUCGCGUUGAGGGGCCUCAGGCCCUCGGGGUUCAGUGGGUGGUUGUGUGGUACUUACAGUUCGUGCAGCAACUCGAAUUGUGUGGCGGCCUCUCGUUGUUGACAUGGUCCUCACGUAUGCCCUCGAUUCUACGUCCCACAGCUGUCAGUCGUGCUGUGGCGUGGAUAAAGGGGCCCACACAGCCGGGCCAACGUUAAGCUCCACCCAGGUUCAACAACUCAUUGGGCAUAGAGUUUGUUCUGUAGUUGCAAAAUCAGAGACCUGUAGGAGGAUAAGG